CACAAAUCACAGCAACAUGGCGGACAUGCCUGCUCUCAUCUAUCUCUUUUUUUGCAUCACGUUUAAGUGGCGCGACAUUGUAAAUCAUCUGUGUGAAGCCCAGUAGCCGUGAUGAAUGACCAGGCCUUAGUUACCCACCCGUUUGAUCGCGAAGAGGAAGUAUCUUUGGAACAACUAUUUACGUCAUUCUGUAACCAUUUGAGUCUUGGUCAGUGGGAAUUGACGCGAGUCUGUCUGCGGGGCUUAUUCGAGAAGAGGAACCAGCUAAAAAAGCCGUUAAAAGAGAUUUUGAGAGCGGUUAUUGAUCAGCCGCAUCAUGCAAGGUAACCGGCUUUAUACUACUACAUGAGAAAUUUCUGCAAUCUGAUUGGCUUAGAGCAGUGGUAUUUCAGCUUAAUUUGAAAUACCUACAUGUCAAAAUUACAGACCUUUUGCGGGUAGUAGUAUAAACAAAUAAUAGCAUGAUUUGUACAUGAUAUUUGGCAUAAAUACCAUGCGUAAUGUUUCAAAAUUGUCUCAAAUUUCACUCGCCUAACUGCUCGUGAAAUUAUGUAUAACAAUUUUGAAAUAUCACUCGUGGCAUUUAUGCCAAAUGUCACUACAAAUCAUGCUAUGACCUAUACUAAUUUUACAUGUACACACGACAAGCUACAUUAUUAUUUGAAACCCAUACACCCUUGUUCCGUCCCUGAGUCAUUCCAUCUGAUAUCCCACCCUCCCUCUCCCAUUUGUCGAGAUUUUGUGAGAAGGUAUAUGGCAAAAUUUAAUUUAUGAAAGUUGGAACACUGAAGACAAGAUUUCUGAUAAAUGGAGCAGCAAAGAUUAUUGGACACAAGUGCUACAGGGAAUAAAAAUGUGAGACAAUUCCCCCGCCCCUUAAGACAAGUAUACAUCGCAAUGUAAUAUACCAUAAGAGUCCAACACUUACCGUCUGAAGAUUGGGGGCUAAUAGCUGAAUAAAAGUCUGGCGAGUUGUCUGGAGGACAAAUUGUCCAGUUACCACUGCAGAUCAUCUAUGCAUGAUUGCCUUAAGAACACUUUUGCAUUUUUCUGAGAAAAAGCAUUUUCAGUGGGCCCUUUUGUUCUUUUUUCUUAAGGGGGGACAUGUCAAAGUACCUCAAUCAAUGAGUCAAUGGGGGUGUGAAAGGGGUUGGGUAUGUUACAGGUCAAAAUUAAAUUCAGGUUAAAAUUGUUUUUUUAUCCUAGGUUGAUUUCCUUUGUCUUAUAGCCCAAAUAAUUCAUGAAUUAGGGCUAGGAGACAAAGGAAACUGAGAAUCAACCUAGGGUAAAAAAAGAAUAACCUGAAUUUAAUUUUGACCAAUAACAGGGAUGCUAAAAUUGAAUGGCCCUACCCAACCCGAUCCUUGGGUUGAAGACUUGCAUGGUAGGUAAGGACAAGUGGCUGUGUGGUAAUUCGUGGGACUAGUGAUUCAGAGCUGCUGCCUCAACCCCCACCCUCACCACUAUAUCUCACUACUAGCCUGUCAACUGCCUGCCAUGUAUAAUAAAAUUCUCAUAGGACGAGAGUCAGUUUUGAAAAAAAGAAAUGUUUAUUUUGAUGUACAAUGCUGUGAAUUAUUAAUUGCAGUUGUGGCUCCAAGUCUGUUCCUUCUCCUUUUCAUUUAUCAUGGCUAUGUUUAGUGGAGUAUUUGGAUUUGUUUGUUGAUGAGGAGGUGAGUAAAUUAUUUAAUGACAUUCUUUUCUGUUCUUAUACAACGAUGUACCGAGUAAACUGAAGGUGUCUGUAAGAUGAGGUUUGACUAUUUUGACUUUUUACAGGAUCAAAUUCCAGAACAAGUUGUGAAAAAAGUAGAAUUUGGCCUUCUACUUUAUCUUGCUUGUCAGAAUGCUCCCCAGAAUGUGAUUCAGGUGAGGUACAGAGAGUUAACCCUGUAAUCCCCAGGAUCCACAUAAGAAUUCUCUGGACUGAUCUCCAUACAUUUCUUUUACAAAUAGUUGAGAGAAUUUGGUUUAAGAUCAAAGAUUUCUCCCUUUGGUAAUCAAUUUAGUAAUGCUCAUAACCUUUACUCUUGAUGAUCUUCCGAUGUUGUCAGGAGAAAAUUGAUGUUGGUCACUCUUGGUUAAAGGGUUAAACUGCUAUAUUCUCCUUCCAAUUUUACUUGUGUUUGCUUUUUAAUCAAAGGGGAAAUUUAGUACCAAAUCAGGAGUCACAUGUACUGGUGACUUGCUCUUACUGCUACGGUAUAGUUACAUACAGUGGCUUAACACAUGUAUGUUCCUAGUACCAUGAAAAAUCAUUUAUUCUAUUUAUGGAUUACCAAAAAUGGUUUACAUUCUAUGUUAACCGUGAUGUUGAAGACUGAUGUCCAUGCUAAAAAUUUGGGAAAAGCUGGAUUGAUCCAGAAAAAUCUAUAGAAGGUACUGAAAGUCAGAGUUAAUAAGAUGCUGAGACUACAUUUUUAUUCUUAAUCCUUUAACUACAGGAUAUAGAUGAUUACCACAGUCAGAUUGUAUACAGAGACCCUGAUCUGUUUGCUUCUGGAGUAUCGGAUCUUCCUUCCUCCACACUUUCCUACUUGAAACAACUUCUCUGUGAUAAUCCACAGUUUGGUCAAGCAGUGAUCAAUGACCUUACCUCCAAAGGAAAAGGUUUUUUGAAGAACAAUCAGUUGUUACAGCAGCUCUAUUUAGAUCUCAUUAAGGAGCAGUUAAAGUUGCUGGAUGGUGAUGAUGUGGAGUUUGCCUCAUAUGAUAGAGAAGAAAGCACGCAAGAUUCGAAAUCAAAACAGUGUAAAUUUAUUUAUCAAAUGCUUUCAUACAUGAACCCCAGCUCAGAAAUGGUCAGCUUGUCUACACAACUCGAUGAACUGUUCCGGAAUCUGAUAAACCACACAUUCAGUGAUCACAGUUGUCUUGACAAGGGAACCUUGUACUCAUGUCUCCUCAGCCAGCCAUCAACUUAUUUGAUUGAAAAGUUCUGUAGAAUUGAAAAUCAAAUAAGAUUCUCAGUUGAGGGCCUUCCUGAAGUCCAUCUGUCCAGGUUUGCCAUGCAAGGAUUCAAGCAACAGAGCAUUUCUCUGGUGUGUUUUUUAUGUUAUGCUCAGUCCUUUAUGAAGAACAGGAAAGAUGCUUGGCAGUACCUGUACUUUCACGCACUGGAAGGAUACCAUGUUUUGGAAAAUGUAGUGGUGAGACUAAAUGUUAUCGCGAUAAUUGUUUUAAAAGUGACUGUAUAAUUAUUGCUCUUUCGUGGAGUACCUUCUCAAUCUGUUGAAGUUAUGAAGAUACGUAUAAGCCCGUAGUGAACUUGCAUCUCAUUCUCUAGAAAGAUGAAUAGCCUUUGACGAUAGAAAGGGACAUAUUUCUUUUGAUAGACAGCAGGGGACUAAUUUUAAUUUGACCACAUCUAAGGAAACCACUUUAAAAAUUUUAGGACAGUCAUUUCCCCAUAACUCUCAAUAAUACUUAUUGCUCCUGUUGCUUUCCAACUUAAAGUGAUUCUCUAAAGCACAUAACUUCUUUACAUUUUCUACAUUAUAGGGAUGACCCUCCGUUGAACUCUUAUCCUUUUCCAUUAGAGGGCAAAUGCUCUAAGACAGACUUCUAUCAUAGGGUAUGCCCCCAUAGUUAAAGCACACCGUGUGGAAGAAAAGACAAGCAGAGUAUAGUGUGUUACUGAUUUUUCAGGGAACAACCCAUUAUGAAUGGCUAUCCCAUUCUGCGGGAGAAGAGACACACUUUUGAUUGUCUACCCUGUGGAAAGAGAGAUACCCUUUUGGUGGACUGUUAUCCUAUCCCAUUCAAUCCCAUCCCAUUUCAUUCCAUCCCAUCUCAUCCCAUCCCAUCCCAUCCCAUCCCAUCCUAUUCCAUCCUAGGGGUUUAAGCUUGUAAUGUAAACCUGUUUUUUUGGGGGAAGGGAGAAUGCCUAUUAGACUGGCAUCCAAAUCCUUUGGGAUAACACUCCAAUGGAUUGGCUGACCCAUCCAGGGAGAAAACCCAUACUUGUAGGUGCCUCAUUCUAUUUAACCUUCACAAACCUUCAGCAAGGCCUAGACCUGCAUCGGUCUGCUAAAUAUAGUAUAUCUAAAUGACUGUGUUUGAUUCUCAGGAAACAGCCCUUGUAUUUGUUAAGGAAGGUGACUUUGAACAGCUCACACAAUUGCUUUCACCAGUGGAAUUUUCCAGGCUUAAGCCACUGGUUCUUCUCUUGGGCUGGCCUUACUGCUACAGCUGUGAAAAUGCCAGGAAUCUACUUGAGGCUUUAUGGAAUCCUUCUGUAAGCUUUAAUUAGUAUUAUUUUUUGUCUUUUUCAAGAUCGGUUUUGAGCCAAACAAGAACACAGCUUAAAAUUCUAGUCAGUUGCUACUUAGUUCUUUAAAGAAAAUUUAUUGUAAAUUUUGUUGUUUUUUUUGUGUGUUUAUAGGAAAGGGCAGCUCAUCCUUUACUGUACCAGGCUUGCCAAAAACUAGCUUAUCAAGUUCAACUUGUUCAGUGGUGUACUGAAAAGGCACGGUAAGGCUAUGUUUAGAUUAUCCCUUUAAGCCCCAAUAUCUACAUACAAAUUCUCCAAACUUGUCUUUAUACAUUUCCUUAAGGAAUAAGUUAAGAGAAUUUGGUAGAAGAUCAAAGCAUUUUCUCUUAGGUGAUCAUUUUAUCAACUCUCAUAACUAUUUCUCUUGGUAACAUAUGGAUAUUGUUCGGAGAAAAUUGAUCUUGGUCACUAUCGGGACUUAAAGGGUUAUAUCAGAGAGCUUUUGCGACGGUAUGAAAACCAUACCCGGAAUACGGCUUCUGUUCGCACAUGAGAACGGUAAUUUCGGCGCGAUUUCUGUAACAGAUGGAAGCUGUGCCGCGUCGAUCUCCAAAGUGGAGCGUCACAAAUGGGAUAGAUUUUGUGCCACUCUUUGUAGCAGUGUAAACAGGUAUCAGUCAGAUUGUAGCAGAAGUGAAUAAGUAGGAGGGAGCACUGGAAUCCACAUAGACUUGCUACAAGUUGACCUCUCAUGAAAAAAGUGAUCGAAGCGAGCUUCAAUGCACAAGGUCGCGCUGUGACCGAGCGAGCGCCGAAGUCUCUAGGUCGGCUUGUUUCGCCUGAAUGGAUUUGAAUGAUAUUAUAAAUUUACGCGGGAAAAAAUGAUUGACAUAUGCUGUGUCGGGAGCGGCGUGAAAUAUCGCUCACUGUCCUAUUGCUCAAUUGUCAUGACUUCACCGGUAGAAUUUUCGACCAGUGAAUUUUGCGUCAAACAGGUAUGAAAAGUCCUUUAAAAUGGCAUAAACAACCAGGAAAAUACAAGACUUUUAGAAAGUCUAGAAACCACUAAGAUGGAAGUAAUAUUUAGGAGUGAGGACUGGGAUUUAGUAGUUAAAGAGAACUCCGUUUUGCCUUGUAAUGGAGCCUCAUACUCAAAGAAAAUUGUCGAGGAGAAAAUGUAUGGUUGUAACAUGGUUAUUGGCCCAUAUGUCCAGACACUUGCGUGUGUGAGGAGGAGGAGGGGGGUGUACAACAUUUUUAUUGGCAGGAAAUUGCAUGCCCAGCUUCGCUUUUCAAAAACUCGUCUUGGGAGUACUCGGAUGUUUUCUUCUGAACCGCCGGAGUCACUGACUGACAAGGCUGUGCUCUAAGGAAAAUUCAGGGAGCCCUUUGGGCUCCCUUGCAUUUUAACUAAGGCGCCCAGACCUCAAAGCUGGUCGCCCGAAUAAAAAUUUCGGGUUUACGUAAACUUUAUUAAGAUGUUUGGGUCAAACAUAGGAAAACUGUGCUUUUUUGCCAGUAAUAUUAAACUUGAAAAUAAAUUUUCGAAAGGUGAAUCAAUGCGGCACGAAAUAUAAAGUGACGGAGUUUACACGGCAGAUCGAACUCAAUUCCCGUGAAAAAUUCUGCGAAACAGUGAAACCGCAGCCCCAAACCUAUUGUUUUGAUAAAAAAUAAGUCAUCUUUAAUUUUCUUUUCUGUAUUAUCAGUGAAUCUUUUAGGAUAAUUGAGCUUUUCGUGGAUACGGUCGAAGCGUAAACCAGCUCUUCUUUCCUUGUUUUUAAUUUUUUUUUUUUGGCCACUAAAUUUAGCAUAUGCAUGCGUGCGAAUUUAGUUUUCACUGUACGUAAAAUUCCAAGACAACGCGUUCGUGGAACUGCCCUGUUUCUAAAACAACAGUAAAAACGAUCAGAACGAUCGUAUCUUUUCUUUUGAUAUUUCGUUACCUUAUGUAAAGGGAAGAAACAAUCUUAAGUUAUGUUUUAAGCAGACCCUAUACGGUAGCACGAAGCACCCAGAUCUCGAAAACGAAGCACCCAAAUCUCGAAAACGAAGCACCCAGAUCUCAAAAACGAAGCACCCAAAACUCGAAAACGAGGCACCCAAAUCUCGAAACCUGUCUGCCCUUUAAAAACACGAGACAGUCCCUUGUCAAGUCGCCAGUGGUAAUACAGCAGAAACCAAGUGCGAUAACGAAUAGAAUGCAGUUCAAAACUAUUCAAGUAGAACUGCGAGGUGUUGCAAAUACAUUUCCGCACCCUGAAUAAAUUUUAAAAAGUGACGAUUUCCUGUUUUGGACGUGAUCAAAGUGUAUUACAAUGGCUGCCGUUUUCACUAGGCCAAAUUACUAUAGCUGAACAUUCGUUCUAGGUUUUUCUUUACAAAACUAGGUAAACGUUACAUCUGUGUCACAGGACUAAUCUCCCCGAUUUUAAAGAUAUAUGGAAAGUUAAUAAAAGUUCGAUAAAUAUCCGUUCAAUAGGCCUUUAAGGUUCUAGAACAUUCUAAGUGUUUACCUUUAAAAAUGCAACAUGAUGUAAAACCAAUUUACUAAUAAGUUUUCUCAUGCAGAAACGUAAAUAUUAACAUAGUGCUUUUUAAGAGUGAGACAUCUUGUCUCCAAACAUGAUGUCCCUCCACAGGCGGCCCAAACUCACUUUACGAGGGAAGGGUGUAAUGUAAUUUACAUAACAUAGGUGACGCGCCGGUGUCGCGUUACAGGCGACCGUUGAAAAUAUAAGAGACUUUGUAUGAGAAAUAUAUUACUGAGAUCUGCGAACGCUAAAUAACGCUAAACCUUACUUUUUCUUAAAUGAAAUGAAUACAAAAGACUUACCUGAAAUGUAUUCCACUGCGUUUCGGUGUCUGUUUGUCGUUUUACUGAUUUUUUAGGCUUAAUUGCGUAACCGCUGUUACUCCUUUCAUAGAACGUUCGUUCUAAGAAAGGAGUAACAGUGGUUACGCAAUAAAGCCAAAAACACCACCCACCUGCUUCCCUCGUAAAGUGAGUUUGGGCCACCUGUGGUCCCUCGGAACACAUUUAAUGAAACGGACACAGUAGUAAUUUAACUUAGGAAACGCAUUAGCUUCUAGUUAUGUUGACACUAGCUUUUAAGAGUAGGAAGCUUAGGUAAACAUAUUAGCCAUGCAAGCAAAUAAAUAGCCAGCUGCUAAGGAAUAGGUUCGUUAAGCACUUAUAGAUAGAGAAAGAGAAGAACAUCAAGAAGAAUGUAGAACCGCCUUGCAUGUAAGUAGAAUAAACCUUGUAAGUUUAACUGGCUGAUUUUGGUGGAGUUCCUCUCCUUCUCGCCGACCCCAUCAGUAAACCGACACUAAAAGGCAUCGUUUACCAGUGGAGAAGCCUUCUUUAUCAGUAGCACACAAAAAUAACCUUCAUCAGAGGUGAACUGAGCUACGUUCAGCUGAGUGCUGAAAAAGUCAGUUUAUCAUCUGUUUUCACUGUGAAAUUUUACCCGGAUAUUUCAGCCCGUGACCAAGCGAUUCGAAUUGCAAUGGCGCGCAACUUUCGAAAAAGACGGAAGAGGAAGCGCUUUUUUGGUUCCCGGGCUAUUGCCCGAGAACAAAUUCUGCGUGGAUCUGAUCUGUGUAUCACGCGGUGUCAUAGAUAACCAAUAUGUCGUCAUGAACAUGUAUGUCUACCGAAAAAAUAUAUAUUAAAAUAAGAUGUGUCAGGUAUCGCAAGACUGUACAGUACUUCCUAUCUAGAAACGUUCAGAAUCAGGUUCAGAAUAAACAGUUGGCAGGCUUAAAAUAAAACCCUGGGAUGGAUUUAUGGACCUUUGAAGGUGCGGACGCAUGCGUUGCCUCCACCUGGUUGGCUUGUUAAAGUUGUAGUUCUUCACCCUACAGUGGUUUCGAGUUUUGAGUGCUUCGUUUUUGAGUCUUGGGUGCUUUGUUUUCGAGAUUCGGGUCCUUCGUUUUCGAGUUUUGGGUGCUUCGUGCUUCGGUCUUCGUUUUCGAGGGCUUCGUUUUCGAAACUACCCUACACAACAGCCAAAAACCGCAAAAGUAUUAAAUUUGCAUACUGGUCAAUACAGCAACUUUCGUUUUAUGCAAAAAUAAAUAAUAAUAAUAAUAAUAAUAAUAAUAAUUCCGUUAUUUACCCUCGGCAGUAUUUAUAGCACUUAUGCUAGUGGGGCCGAGCAAAUUCCUGAAACAAAUAAUUCAAAUUGAACUUAACAGGGUUAAGAAUCCCAACUGGCCGGAGGCAAACCAGCUGGCUAUUUACAAGCAUGGUCGAGGAUUUGAACUCGGGACUACCGUGAACAAAUCCAGCUAGCGGUCAGAGCGGGACUUGAACUCGGGGCCUCCGAAUUGCAAGUCCGGCGCUCAAACCACUCGGCCUCGUCGCCAGCCGCGCUCUACGUCUGCCAGAAAAGUAUUAACAGUUUCUCCUAAAAACUGUACCUAACAAACCAUUCUAUCUGAAAGAAAAAAAAAAUUUAAACUAUUUUAAGAAGCAGUACAAAUCGAUCCGUGCCGCUUGUCACGUUCAAAUUGAUGUAUUAUGUUACAUAUGAAGUCAUGCAGAUCGACCUUCGAACAUCGACGCGCGCCCGUUUCUUUCGUUCAAUAUUUCUAAAAACAUUUUCUGUAGGGUUUACUAAAGCCUGAUUCAACAAGCCAACACUGUUAUGUUUAAUUUUUCUGCCCACUUAACUGAACACUGCACUAGAAGCAAGAGUGUCCGGCCAGGCGACCGGGAAUUUUUUUUUCAUUCGCCCGAAGCUAAAUGUUAGUCUCCUCAGGCGACCGGGCGCCGUUAGAGCACAGCCUUGGACUGACGAACAUUUUUCUCAUGUAUUCACCAGAAGUAAAAUUCAUCAUCACAUUUCCAUCAAAGAGAGUAUUAGUAUAACAAUAUCAUCAUUUCUGUCUCUCCUUUUCAGUCCUUUGUUAGCGUCAUCUGAAUCGGGAUCAACUCGUCACCAACAAGCUUCAGAAAUGUUCCAAGGCCUUGAGUCGCACUCUGUAUUACAUGUCCUGCACAAGUCUGUCAGCCUAGCGUAUCUUCCCGAGAAAGAAGUCUUUGAACUUUUAAGAAAGAGACCUGUAUUUACUCCUUUGGAGCCAGGCAAAGAAUUGCAAGACGAAGAGCAAGAAACUUUUGGAAAAAAGCAAGAUGGAGGUGAUGGUCUUCCGAAAAGACUUGGUGAGAAGAGAGAAAAUUCCGAAAUUCAUCCUGAAGUUCAAAGGGAUAUCUUUCUCUACCAUAGCUAUUGUGCACUAAAGAAUUUCAUGGAGGCUGUUGCGUCUUCAGCAGACGAUUUCUACGGAAAAGCGCUUGAUAAGAGCUUGCAGAGUUCAACAUCAGUCACAAGUGGUGAUGCUGAAUUAGGGGUUGAGGAGAAGACGUAUCUUACACAAGUUGAGAACAAGCUAGAAGCUGGAAAGGCUCACUUAGCCCAAGUGUAUCCUUUGACUUACCGAGUGGAGAUUCUUGAGAAUAUCUUUAGUCUCCUAUUUGGUACUUUUGAAGACUUGUAUGAAGGUAGAACUCAGAAAAAUGAGAGCGAUGAUUUAGAUACAGUGGAUGAAGAAACGCGGAGUUUAUCAACCAGCAAUCGCACAGCGAGUUGGGAGAGUCUUGCGAGCUCUGUCGAACUAUCCGUUGACGUCCAUGGGUCGUUCAGUCCCACUAAAGACCAAGAGAAAUUAACGAGCCCAGUAUCCCUUCCAACUACCUCUGAGUCUCAGCACAAACAAAAAGAAACUUCCACCCCUUCUGGUGUUGAUUCCUCGUCUCGUCGCCAGCUGUUUACACAUAAGAGAUCGGAGUCAGAUUCAAUUUUGUUUAAAAAGUUAAAGGAUGCGACAGGAGAUAAUAAAGCUGCCGAGUCUCCCGUUUCUCGAGAUGAUACUGUUAAAACAACACAUUCGGAGAAUGAUACUGUUCUCUCCAGUAAAGGAUCGUCACGAACGGCUGUUUCUGAUGAAAAUGAUUUAAAAUGCGAGUUUGUGAUUGAUGAUGGUGUUGUUCCCGAUGUGUUGAAGACAAUUAAGGAAUGCUUGAUGGAACUAAAUGCUGCAAAGUUUGCUGAACUCAAGAAAGGUACGUCUCCUGGACCGUGUAGUUCGAAACCGCCUCACCCUUAUAUGUACAUUACGCAACACCCGGCCCGGUUUCCGGAGAAAAGGUGUUGACUUUAAAUGAGGAUCAGUCACAAUUUUGGGCAAAUUUUUAACCCCUUAAUUCAUUUUCCGGUCUUUUGAUUACUUGUGACUGAUUUGAUUAACAAGUAAAGAUUUUUGGGGUCAAUUUUCUGACCCGUUACUAUUGAUUCAUUCCUUGGGUGUUUCCACCAGCUCCUAAGCUUUUCAAUUGUCGAUGAGUUAAAGUUUCAGUCAAAAUGUACAGAGAUGCCCCUGAUAGUCUCCCGUAUUCUUACGUAUAGCGAUACUCACUGUUGUUAUUCAAAUGUGUAACGAAUGAAACGAAGAAUCUUUUGUUUCGAGAACCAACUGGAGUGCGCUUUAAAAGUGCGCUUCUGGUUGAGUCAUUUAUAUCAAUAAGUAACGUCACAACCUCGUUCCCAAUGUUCUCCCUUACCCGUCCGUACGGAGGAGAGAGGGACAGGUAGGAGAGAACCCCUGAGAACGAGGUUAAUGACGUCAGUGUGGGUGCCGCUAUAUGUUAAAUGGUUGUUGGAAACUUUGUUACUGAAUUCCUCUGUUUUGUUUCUAUGUAGGAAGAUCGGAACAAAGCUCCGAGAGCGAAGAAUGGCUUCAAACGUCUGUUCGCCAUAGCUCAAUGGAACAGCGCAUCUCCCGACUCGGUCAGUUCAUCAAUGAAGCACAAUGGAGAUUCCAGCUAGUGUCCUGGGACAACGGAACCAAUCGACAGAUAAUUAGGAGUUCCAAGAAAAGGAUGAACAGGAAACUGCAGCGCAUAGCGAGCUCGGAUGAGAACUGGAAAGCAGUAGCAGCUCAAGAUGAAGACUCGGAUGACACUUUGACAGAAGGCGCUAGCGGUGAGAACUGAGAGAUAAAACGCUUUGAUCGCUGUAAACAGUGCAACGAUUUUUAUGAAAAUUUCCAAAUUUCUGAGGGAAAAAAAUGGUACCAUGUGAGAUUAUUGCUGAAGAGUUUUCUUUUGACUGGUCACAUCUUAGACUUUCAUCCAUAGACUCAAAAGUAAGAACCUGUUUAGACAGUGCAAUAUGAUUGUACCUUGAUGUGAAAAAAAACUUGCUAGAGAGGUUUCAUUUGAAUGGUCACACUGAUAAGGAGGUUGGUUUUAAAUGGUCCCGCCUUCGACCGCCACGUUUUUGUUUUUUUCUCAAAUGCGCUGAUGUUUUGUUUUUGACGUAAUGCGCAUGAUCAGCAAACAAAUGCGCUGGCAAGGUGAUCGCUUUGGAUUUCAUUUACGAGAAUUUAUAGUAAUAGCUUCUCCUCCUAUCUCUUUUUAAAUUUAAAGUGUUCGUUAGAUAAGAAUGUUUUAUAUAUUUUUUUGUUUUAUCAUAGACUAGUAUACACGACCCCUCAAUAUCUUAAGUGCUUUAUAAUUAUCGUGUUUAAAUAAUGGAUAUUAAUUUAUUCAUUCAUUCAUUCAUCAAACAACACAUGUAGAAUGUCUUCCAUUAACAAGCCUAUGUCAUAUCUCGGUGAUUGAUAGGUUCUAACUUUUAUGUCUGAGGAGUUAAUCUUAAAUUGUGAAUAUUCAAAUAAAAGCUCUUCAUCAGUAGUUUCUAAUUUAAUUUUGGCCCUCUUAGGAGAGAAGCUCUCUGAACUGAAUUUUUUGUUGUUUGUAAAGGAAAAUUAAAGUCAAGAAGGAAAGGUGCAGCCUUAAAGGAGAAUUCCGGUGAAUCAAGCUCUCAUCUCAGCCAGGACACUGUUACUACAGGUAAAAUCUUAAUCAAGUGUCCACCCCAAAAAUUCUUGCACACAUUGAGCAGCAGUAGAAUCUAUAACCUUCUUGGUUGACGUUCGAAAUGUUGUGCAUGAGGAGAGAAUGGGGAAAAUCGGUUCCUUGCUGUCGGAUUCUUGAUAUUCCCUUUCGACGGCUGCCAAGCUGGCUUUAUAGCAUCUCCGACGCGCGCAAUUGUCGUUUUCAUGUUGUGUUGAAGCACUUUGCUAAUGAAUUUGCAUGUUUUCGCCUGAAGCUCUUAACGUCGGUUUUUUUUGUGCUUUUACCCACGUUUGAGGUGCAGCUCGAAUAACACAUUUUUUUUUAGGCAAUGUUGCGCCGUGUGCUGGACUAUAAAUGCCACUUUAACGUAUCAUUGUUGUGGCUGCAUCAAAUUAAGCACAUGUUCUUUUUUUCAGAACCAGAAGAAAUCAAAGAAAGAGUCAGGAAAAGACGAACGAAAAGACGACGUCUGACCUCAAGAACCUCAGCCACGGAAAUUUCUAACUUGUUGACCAAGGAUGACAGUGUUAUUGCGCGCAUGCUCUCUUCCCCAGACACCCUCAUCUACAUGUGCAUGAGAAAGGACAACUUUGAGCGUGCUCAUCAGGUCAUUAAAAUGUUCAACAUGGCGCAGGAACCCAGCGCACAAGCUGCAUUGUUUGCAGAGAAGUACAGCAAAAGCGUAAAGCAUCUGGAGAGUUUGCAACCCAAAGGGAGACGAAUCAUGGCGUCUCAAGGGCUAAGUAGAUCUCGCAAACCUAUGGGAGCUCUGGGAGCUGUUGCCAUGGCAGCAGCCUCUGGUUCUUAUACGUCACAAAUUUCUAAACUCAUCGACGAUUUAUUGACCACGCCGUCAUUAGCAGCUGUCGUGAAUCCUAGCCUUAACCCUGAGGACUUGACGAGUGGUAAUUCAACACUGGUCAAGUAUUUAAAUCCACAAAUGGUUCCCGCGAUGCUGUGUAUCGAUAUGGCCAGUACUGCCGAAGUUUCUUGGUCGGUAUGUAAGACCUUGCUGGAGAUGGCUAAAAGUCGGCUCACCGAAGGUAAGAUGAUUUUUGCAGGGAAAGCUUCAAAACGACAAAUAAAUUGGCCCAUUUUUUUCAAGUUUCAAUCCAUGUCCAUCCUUGCAAUCCGUAGCAACAGAUGGCGGAAAACAGUUUCAUUGCCUAAGCAUGGCCCUAAAUAACAAAAAUUGACCAUUAUUUUUUGGAUUCAACUGAUGCGAAGACACGUCAGUUUUAGCCUUUUAAAAAGAUGGCAAAUAAUUCAAAGUCUAACUCUAAUGAGGCUCAAGCUGAGCAUUUUGUUUUCCUUCGAAUCUUAAGCCCCGUGCAAACGGACGCAACAUUGUUGGCCAACAACUCCCAACAUUGUUGGAUGUUACAUGUUGCGUCCGUUUGCACACCCUGUUGCAUGUUGUUGGAUGUUGUUGCGCAAAGUUUGAAACCGGUCAGACUUUUCAGCCAACAACUCCCAACAUUUCUUUUGUUCCAUGAUCGCCGAAGCGCAGCGCAACAAUGUUGGAUCCGUUUGCACAGCUCUUCCAACAUUGUUGGGGCCACGUGCGCGCAUUACGCAUGGUUUACAAAGACUUAUGGGUUGUAUCCUUCCCACGAUGCACUGCAGGUCCCAACAUUGUUGGGAGUUGUUGCAUCCGUUUGCACACCACUGCCAACACGCACGCAACAACUCCCAACAUUGUUGGCGCAACAAUGUUGGGAGUUGUUGCAUCCGUUUGCACACCACUGCCAAUACGCAUACAAAAACUCCCAACAUUGUUGGCGCAACAGUGUUGGGAGUUGUUGGGUCCGUUUGCACGCAGCCUUAAUGUUUCUCUCGUUUAAAGACGAUCAUCGUGAUGUUGGUUACACGUGAUAAUUAAGGCCUUCAUUAAUUGCAAAAGUAAGCCAUGUCUUCUUAUUUUAGACACUUCGUCCUCUCCUUCCAAGUCAAGUGCGCCCUUUCCAGGCGUCAAACUAUUUAUGAACCAGUUGGAGGAGCUACUAACUCAGGAACAGUCACGUGGUAGAUCUAAGGCCUCCUCCAGUGGUCUCACCAUCUCCAUGACGCACAAACGAAAUUCUCUGGAGUUGCUUCUUGUUGGAACGCAUCCCGUGUGUCCGAAGAGUAUGGAGGCUCACAAAAAGCUGCGCACACAUCAAGAAGAAGCGUUCAGGUAUAUUUGCAAUUUAUUUAAACCAAGAUACAUCAGCAUUAUGACCGGUGAUCACCAGUUUUUGUGCAGUUUUCAAUGACUGUUGAUUACUGUGGUGUGCUUGAAAAAUGUAUCGGACCGUAGCCUAAGAGAGAUCUCCAUUUAAGAAUUGCAAAGAGGCCAAAAAAGAGGUGCAAGAAAAGCGAAGUAAGGAUCUUUCGCAGCCCGCUCGGGUGUUAGUUUCGGCUCUCGCGAUAUCUAAAAAUGAAGCUUUCUCACAGGAUCGCUCGAAGUGUCCUGACUCUUUCCUGAUACAGCGGGGAGUAAUGUCCUGGAAAUAUUUUCAGAGCUGGUCCCGAGGGUGUCCCGCUUGGAGCUUGCUCACAGGAACGCUCGAAGUGUGCUGACUCUUUCCUGAUACGGCGGUGAAUAAUGUCCUGGAUAUUUUCAGAGCUGGUCCCUAGGGUGUCCCGCUUGGAAGCAGCUCACUGUUUAAGACUGCUUUUCUGUACCGACAUAGUUGUCGUCGUAAUAAUUACAAUUAUUCUAGUUGUAAGAGUGCUUAUGACCUAAUCAAAAUCAACAAUCGCAGUCGCAAUCCAAAAUGGUAAGAAUCCGUCGGUUAGCAUCCAGUGCAGCCUGGGUUCAAUUUGCGGCGUCGAUGCCACCUGUUGGUUGAGUUUGUUAUUAAUCAACACUUCUUUCUUCUUUCAGGCGACUGGAGCAAGCAUUGGACGAAGGAGAUACUUUUAUGCAAAGCGUAGAAGAAUUCUCGCAGAACGCACAGGCCCAAAGGAGUCUUGGCGGAAAAGCUUCGUUCGAUCAAACGGAGAGGGGCCUGGCAGUGAGAAUUGGACUAGUAGAGGUACAGAAGGCAUUUGAUUGCGUAGAAAGCUCUUGUCACGUGACCACAGCUGUUGGAGGGAGCCUGGAAGAGAGAUGGGAUUAUAUGAGCAGUUUGUUCAAACACGUUGAUGCUCUUUCAAGUCUUCUGCUGUUUUGGAAGACGAAGUCAGCUGGUAAAGUGUAAACAUUUUUUGUUAGCCCUUACAGAUAGACGUCCGUCAACCUGAAGUGAGGACUUUUCCUUUCAAUAUGCCUUGACGUUUUAAAAUUUGUAUCGCUUCGUUACUUUUCACUUGUAGAGAAGAUCUUUUCAUCAUCAUCAUCAUCAUCAUCAUCAUCACCACCAUCACCACCAUCAUUGUCAUCGUCAUUGUCAUUGUCAUCGUUAUGGUUGUCAUUAUUAUCAUUAUUAUUAACGAGUGUUUUAUAAAUCAAACAUUGCAUUUCAGAUUCUACUUCUUCAGUUCCCCCUGAAGUCGACAUGAAUCGUCCAAAUGCUUUGAAAGCCUCCAAUCCUUUUAUUGUGUUAAAUGAAGGCAUCGCAGAAGCUCUUGGAGUUCCCAUGUUUGAAAGAAACAUUCCCCCUAAAGAGUGAGUGUCUGUGUUGUGAUCGCCGGGGUAAAGUUUACUGUACUUUAAGCGCAUUUAAAUAUAGCUCAGCAAUUGAAAAUAAAAUAGACCUAACAUUUUUGUUUUGCGCUGAAAAUCUUGGGGUCUUCACGUUCAACGGUGGAGCGGCCAUUUUCCAUUAUGUCGCUAUCGAAAUCUGGAAAGACGACUUGAUUACUGUGGGUACGGAGGGUAGAUCGAAGAAUUUACAUAGGAGCGAUAGAGAAGGCAAAUGCAAACUCCCCUUCUGUUCGUUAACAAUGCCACUCAGAUAUAACAUGGGAAAUAUGGGAAACUAUUAUAGUUUAACUCUUGAAACCAUGUUUUCUUUGCAGUUUGGAGAAAGCAGCUAAAAAACUCCACGUCAAUUUAUCCAAGGUAAUAGUGUACAACUGCUGCCCUCCUGUAAAGGCUCGCGGAGGAAUCAGUGACAGAGGUCUGUACAAACUCCGUUUUGAUUAGGUCCGGAGGGAACUAACUUACUAACUCACUACACUACUUUUGAAACUACUCGUCUUUUAAAACAGUUGACCUCUGGGCAAAAGUCUUCCCAGGUCUUGCUUCCGCGUUUGCUUUGCUUUUAAGUUACUCGGCUUUGGGAUUCGUUGGGAAAUCUCGCUUCAUUUAAUUGACCAAUCAUAGCUUGCUAAUAAUAAUAGUAAUUAAAAUCUUGCUCAUAGCCGUUUUCCCGCCACUGGCAGCCGCUUCUCGAUUUUAUUUCUUCGAAAUAUCGCGCCAUUUUCUCGACCAAAAAUAGCCUGCUUACACCCUUUUCCCCGUGAUUGGCCGCCGCUACACGAUCUUUCUUUGAGAUAUUUUUUAAGUUGCUUCGCCUUGUGAUUUGCUGAGAAAUCUCGCGCCAUUUUCCCGACCAAUCAUAGCUUGCUCGCUCCCGUUUUCCUGUCAUUGGCAGCCGCCACGCGUUGUUGCUUUGAGUUAUGUUUGUUUCAACUGAUGUUGUGACUGGCCUGAGAAAUUAGUCUGGAUUUACAGUACAACUGAAAACCGCUGUAAACCAAAACCAGUUGACUUGUGAAGGGUGUUGUCUAACCCGCGCUGUACCGUCUGUUGUUUUAAGAUUUUUCUCUUGUUGAUAGAUGUUCGGUGGCCUUCCUCUGAUCCUGUUAUCUUGAAUUCCGGCAGCAGAUGGACCGAGAGUGUUCGAGACCCCAAUACUGUGGCUAAGGAUUUGUUGUCACGUAUGAUUAAAAUGCUUAAAGGUAAUAAAUUAUUUGUUACACUAUCCGGUAAUAAUUAUUCAUUACAUGGUCCAUGAAAAGAUAUGACUGUCUUUAAGUGAGCUGUUUUCAGUUUUUCACAGGCUUGAAAACUCGUUAAAGAACCUUCUUGAAAGAUACUAGUUAAUUUUGUUUUUGAUUAAAAGCGAUAAAAUAUCAGUUCAUCAACUGGCUUUUCCUUGCUGCUAUAUGCCAAACAUUUCAAGCAUAACUUCCCAAAACGAAGAAAAAAAGAAAACAUUUGACUAUCGUAGCAAAUGUGUACACUGAACAAAGCAUCUACAUCAAUGCAACACGUUAUUUGUGAAAAAAAUGAAAUCAUACAUUUGCGUUGAAUAGGUUUUUCAUCCUUACCCAGUUUUCAACCCUAAGGGAAGUGAAUUCCUAUUUCAUGCAAGGCGCAUCUCUGGAAAAAAGUUUGAUUGUGGUGGUAUUUAGUUUGUCUAAAGCUCUGGCACUGGAAAAGUAGUUUCAAAAUAGCUUACUGACCAUUGUGUGAUGUUGUACUUGAGACUGGGUCUUUGUCGUGUCAAAUUGCAUUAUGGGAUUGUUUUGAAGGACGAAUUCUGACCCAGUUUCCAGCGCAAUUUUGUAAUACGAACAAGAAGUGAUUUUGAAAAGCAUUUAACUAUAAAAAAUUGCGAUAAAACAUUUCUUAAAAUCAUUUUAAGAUUAAAAAAUUGCUAAAAAACGACGACGUUUCGACGUUAGCUGAACGUCAUUAUCAAGUCAAAAUAAGUUAGUGAUUUUUUGGUCUAUAAAUACUAAAAACAACAAUAGCUGAUUGGAAAAAAAUUGUAACGUGAGAAAAUAUUAAACAAAAGUUUUCGUAUGGAGUCCGUCUGAAUAUUUAAAUUGGGCUUAAACUUCUUGAUGAAGAGCAUUUCAAAUACUAAACAAUCAAAUUUCUCUGGCACUUUUUAAAAAUGAAUUGGCUUUUUUCAAAAGGUUGUUGUUACCGUGAGCUUCUAAGAAAUGUCUACCGAUUGCGAAUUUUUGUGGUCAGCAAUUGUUGAUGAACGGGCUGUGUACCCGACAUAAUCUGCAUCGCACAAUCGCCAUGAAAAUUGGUAAACAAAGGACUCUUAUUAACAAUUGACGGCUUGAUUUCUUUGGGUCAAGCCAUCACGAAAACGCAAAGUAGGGGCAAUCUUAUGGCUAAGAUCGAACUUACGAAAAGCGUCAUCUUUAAAAAGGAAGGCUACUAUCAUCAUUGUUUCUUUCUGCUUUGUCCGCUGAGGAAUUUAGAAAAAGAAACUUUUUGAUAGCAGAAUCAAUAACACUCAUUGGAUAGUCAAGGCGACUAAAUAUAGAGCGCAACUUGGCACAUUCAGCAUUUUUUAAGAAAUGUUUUAUCGCAAUUUUUUAUAGUUAAAUUUUGUAAUAGCCAAUGAAAAAAAUGACAGCGUUCCCAAAAAAGUAAUCUUCUUUUAGAUGUGGCGCAUGCGGUCACGCCUGAUUCAAUAAGGACUCCAGAGUUCCAAGCCAUCCCGUCCGUUGAUGAUUCAACUUGGGCCUGCUGAACUCAGAAGGCUAAAUCGUCAAUACCUAAUUUCCAGACAUGGUUCAUGAUUCAAUUUGCUGACCCGUCCGUUGAUGAUUUAAGUGAGGUAUCGUCUCCUAUUGCCAGACAUGGUUCAUUCACUCGGCUCGUAGAUGCGUUAUCAACUUCCUCUGGGGGAGAGAGCAAAGGCGGAGAACAUGUGCCCUUGACGUCCCUGGAGAGAAUUUCGUUCCUAAAGCAGCAUUGUUACUUUAUAGGGCAGCUCGGUGUGGUAAGGUAAGAAAUGAAAUGUCACGUGAUCAACGACAAAAAAAUUCAAGUUCCAAAUUCCAGAAUGGUCAAAUUGAUUGGCUCAUGACAGACUGACUGAAUUUGAAUUUCUGACUGGGUUUUCAAAAAGGUACCUACUUGAGAUUAUCGCUAUUUGAGACCGAUGAAGGCCGGUCCAACAAGUCUCAAAGUCAUACCAGCGGCAGAGCAGGACUAGGAAACAACGAAGAGAAGGGAAGAAGUAGACGGAAGAAAUAUUGGGUGCAGUCUAGAUUUCUGAUCAGAUAGCUCCAUAGCAACAGCCAUUAUAAAGCAUGUAGCAUUUUAAAAACCCAGUCAGAUUUGUAUGCUAGGAAAUUUUUAUGCUCUUUUUACAUUUUUACCCCCUUUGACUGUCCAUUCGGUGCUAGUUUUGUCUUUGUUUUGUUACUAGUGCGUUUGAUCUUCAAUACGUUAUUUUACACAAGGGACUUGUGCCGCCAAGCACGUUUGGAGAGGGUGUCAUCAUGUGCUUCCCAGGUAAAAUUUGUAGUUUUUCUUCCUUCACUUUGAAAUUGUCAGAGACUGUUUUAAUGAAAUCGCUGAAUUCAGCAUGCUGCAUUUAGUGCACGCUGAAGAAUCGAUUAGCUCCGAAAUGCUUGUUUUGAUCACAGUACUUUUGGCACUUGGAACAAUUCUCCUGAUUAUUACAUUUUGAGUGCUACGCGGCAAACAACACUUUUUGUUCUAGGCGAAUUCACACCCACCCACAUUUGGAAUAAAUUGGAGAAAGCUUCCACCAUCGCCUUACCCUCUCCUCUCCUCCUCGUCGUAUCCCCUCCCCCUCCCCUUCUUCCCCAUCACUUGUACGUGUGAGGUUUAUGAGACUAAUCAACUUUGUUCACCGUGAUAAACUUUUUCACACAAGACUACCUACGUAUCCAUCAGCAACAGCUGUGCUUCUCAGUUCCCCUUUUCAAAUUGAACCUUGUAAGUGGGUUAAUUUUUCCCGCCAAAUGUUCAUUCAUGAUGGUAUGUUUAAAAAUUUUCAGAGAGAACAACUGAUGAAGUCAAAAGGAAAUACAGGCUGACCGCAGCAGAAAAACGAAUCAUCUUUGCCAUUUGCGAUGGCUGCUUGACAUCGCCGGACCUUCAGGUAGGUGUUUUGGUGCAAAUCAAUCACUUGUCCAUUUGGAUGCGCGUUCAGACGAACACUUUUCGGGGCAAAUUUUCGUGCUUUAAGAUCGAAAGAAACAGGCUUUUCAAUAUUUUUAGCGAGUUUUAAUUUCGGAAAUGUAUUUUAUACUUACUGAAGAACUGAAAACAGCAAAAAAAUUUCGUGUCAUAUACACUUUAAAGCUUUCCAGACACUGUUUUGGGUAUCAUUCGACAGUGCUUUAAGACGGUAGUGUUUGUUAUGAUGUGUAAACAGACACUGACUUUAAGCCCGUGGAGUCUGUUAAAUCCUAUGAUACGACUACUCAAAUGAAACCUCUUCAACAGUACUGUUAUAUGGUACUCUUAAUUAUGCUCUAAAAACACGUUCUUACUUUUGCGUCUGUUGUCAAAAUCCUACUAUGUCACCAUUCAAAUGUAACCGCUUCAGUAGAAGUGAAAGGGCUAAUGCCGAUUACCAAAAUACUGCGAAGUAGGACCACAUUUAAUUUACCUUUGUCUUGCUUUAAAUUCAGGUGUUUGAUGUAGACGAUUUUGAGGCAGAGCUGUCAACCGCUGUACGUUCGUACAUAAAUUCCCGCGUAACACUCAACCAGGAGACAGGACAAAUAACAUUGCCUGAAAUCCUUCACUGGUAUAGAAAAGACUUCGAAAUAAGAUCUUUUAAUACAAUAGACUCUCCGGCCGGACAUGAUGUGUCCCUUUUACUUCAAAUGGAGCCCUAUCUCUACGAUAAAGCCGCGGCAACGCUACAGCAAAUGCUCCCAAACAUCACUGAAAUUACCUUCACCCCAUUUUGUUGGACGUUUGGCUACAAGUUUGAGUCCCCUACACUCGAGCGUUCUUCCUCGAGCUCAGUCUUCCAGCGGUCCAACUCUGUUCCCGACAGUAUUUACUUGAGCAUGGAGUUGUCAGUUCUUGCGAGAACAAGACAAACCGAAAAAAGAGGCUUGUUUAGCUUAAACGAUGCCACGCUUGAGUAUUUAAAAGAAAAGUCACCGCUAGUCGCGGCGUUAGCAAGGUUAGUUUGCUCUGCUUCCGAAACAUCACAGAGCGUAGCGGAAAACAGCUCAGUGACCUCAAGCGCAACUUUAAAGAGUAAAAAUGUGGACUCCAAAGACGAACCAAUAGAAUUUCCUUUUCUAGUAGCUCUCGAGGAAACUAAACAAUUUCGAUUUCUUCAGCGCUACAUCGCUUGUAAACUGUACACGAUAGCGGACAUGUUAACAUUAGCUCCAGUAGAUUCAGAAGAAUCGGGUGGAAGCUGUGGCAGUUAUGAUAUCAUCAAGCUUGAUUCCAAUCUGCAUUAUCUACAAGACGGCACGCAUGUCCCGGAAAUUUCUCUGUUCUCUGUGGCUUUAGCUUCUGAGGGAAGCCGGCCUAUGCAAAAUGCUAUCCUCAAAGCUAGCGAUUUUUUCUUACGCAAAGGUUACUUUGAAGAUCUAUUAGAGUUAAUAAGUUCCUCGGAUCUUCGCGGCGAUGGCGUCGGAGGUCCGGGUAUUGAUUUUCUACUGAGCUCUGCGAUUUUGAGCAAAGGAGGAACCAGAUCGGAUUUUCGUGAAAAAUUGAACACUGUCUUCAAUGAACUUGGGAUUCCUGAGUUGAAGUUCAGUCACUCGGUGCAUAAAAAACCAUGGACUCUCCUUGCAAGAAUGAAAGACCACAAUCAUUUGGCCCAGCUGGUUUUAGGAAAGCUGGACGAAUGGAAUGCUAAAACAUGCAUUGACAUGAUCGAUUUGUGCUUGUCUCGUCCGCUUAAAAACGCACGCGCGAAAGACGACUUGGAGAAGAAGAAAAGAGAGAUAGCCUUACAUCAAAAGGUAAUUAUCAUUCCGCAGGUAAGGGAAACGCCGAAAAUUGUUCGGCAUCUCUUCGCCACUUUAGAAUCAAGGAGUAAACUGGGCCAAGUUAACUUUUCGUAAAGACUUCUGGGAUUGUUAUUGAGGACAGGGGGAAAAUGGCCAAUAGCUGACCGGUGCGUCCCCAGUAAUAGCCUGUUCCAGGCUCCGAGAUAGAGGUGAAAAGUCGUUCAGUAAAAAGAAUGCGAAAAACGCGCAGGGGCUGGGGAGAGACAGGGCAGGUUCCUGCGCUGCCACCGCCCCCUUUCCAAGUCGCGCGCGUGCUAUUUUUGCUUUGCUGGUUUUAAUACGUCCACUCUAUACUAUCUGAGAGCCUGGCACAGGCUACCCCAGUAACUAUCCCAGAAACACUUGCGGGACGCAUUUCGGCGCUAGUUCCCUUCUACUGAGUUUGUUAAGUGUCGAAUAGAUCAGCUGAACUAGACUGUUUCGAUUCCUCGGGGAUAUCACGCCGGCGAUAUACGAGGGUUCCGAAUAGGGUUCUUCAACCCCGAAAUCCCGACGCAAAAUUUCGUGCAAUCUCGUAAUCCCGAGGGUUAUAUUUGGCAUCCCACCCCCCAAGUAUACUUUCAAUCCCGAAACUCGCCCCGAUUCUGCUUUCAAAUCCCGAAUCCCAAGCUUCAAAUAAAGAAAAUCCCGGCUCCCGAAAAACCUAUCGCGGACCCUCAUAUGCACCCGGGAAGCAGGCGUCUCUUCUCGAAUUCCUUCUUCGCAUUUUUGCUCUUUCCAUUCUCAUUGUGGCAGCUUGCCGUCUCAUUCUCUCAGCGAACUGAAAAGGUAC